AUGAGUACUGACAAGAAACGAAAGAAAAAGAGUACUACAACAACAACAACAGCAGCGGCAGCAACAGCAACAACUACAAAUGAACAUAACGAGGCAGCAGACGUAGACACUACGACGACGACGGUCACCAAGCAGAGAGGUAGGAGGAAAAAGACGACAAAUGGUGCGGCUGCCACUACACCACCACCUGCUGCAGAUGAACAUCAAGAUAAUGAUCAUGAGGAGGAAGAGGAAGAGGAAGAGGAAGAAGAAGAUUCACCAAAUGGUACAAGUAGCGGUACCAUUAGCAAUGAAGAUGGUGAUGAAGAAGAAGAAGAAGAGGAACAAGAAGUAGCAAACCAAGUCAAAGAUAUAGGUGGUAGUAGUACAAGUAGGCAAAAGAAAGAAGAUAAUCAAAUAACUCCAAAUAAUAAUAAUAAUAAUAAUAAUAUAAACAAUAGCAAUGAACAUAAUCAUCUUCAUGAAGAUAAACAAGAAGAAGAUGAAGAUAAAUAUAAAGAUACUACUCCUACAACCACCACCAAAAAACAACAAGCAGAUACAGAUGAAUCUAAUCAUUAUCUAAAUGAUAGUAAUACGAGUAAUAAUAUAUCAACAUCAAUGGAUUUAGAUUCAAGCAAUAAUAACAAUAAUAAUAGUGACAGUACAUAUACUUUUGAUCUCUUACCAAAUGACAAUAACAACAAUCACAAUCAUCUAAAUAAUAAUAAUAAUCAUAAAGGAGAAGAGGAAGGAGAGACAACAACAACUUUAGAAUCAAUGGAUAUUGAUACAGCUACGACGACGACUAUACAACAACAACAACAAUCACUACCAUCACCAAUCCUAAUAUCACAAAAGGAUAUUACUAAAGAUCGACCAGACAAUGAUGGUGAUGAUCCAACAACAAAUGAAACAACCAUCAAAAGAAAGAGUAGUCUUGAAGAUAUGGAGAAAAGGUUCUCUCCAAUGGAAGAUAUAAGUCAAUUGUUAAGGAACCAUUUCGAUCCAAGUCAAUUGAAACCAUCAUUAUUUAUCAACUUGUAUUCAAAUGGUUAUUCUUUUGAUAAUAUUAAUAGACAAAAGAUCUAUCCUUAUGAUAGAACAUCAAAGGAAUUUUUGGGAUCGAUUGGACAAGGGAAAUUAGUACCCGAUUUAAUUGAUAUAUUGGAUGAAGUACAAUGUCAUUAUUACGAUGGAUGUAUCAUUGCUGAGAUUAGAGAUUAUCGUGGUAUUUCAAAUAAGUUAUCAACUACUUCAACUACUGCUUCAACUACAUCUUCAACUACAACUACAACUUCUACUUCAAAUGAUGCAACAUCACAACAAUUAUUAUUGUCACCUGGAUCAUCAAUAACAACAAAUGCAGUACAUCAAAAGAAAGUGCCUGCUCAGACACCGCCGGCCAUCAACCCAGACGUCUCACAAAAGUUGUCGACCGAGGCCGAGAUGGUCAAGGACCGUCUGCUGCAGUACCUUUCGUCCAACAGUCUGUGCGUGCUCACGUACGAGUGCAGACAGCGUGGAUCCACCUUUGAACUCUUACUCUUUUUCAGCGACACUAUGGCCAACUCUAAAAUCGACCAACACAAACAACAACAAUAUAAAUUGCUUCAAGCCAAACAAUUAAAAUUACAAGCUCAUAUUCAAGCUCAACAACAACAACAGCAACAACAACAAUUACAACUUCAACAACAGCAACAGCAGCAACAACAACAACAAUUGCAGCAGCAACAACUUAAUAAUAAUAAUAGUAAUAAUAAUGUAUCGACGAAUAAUAAUCUUAAUCCAAAUCCAAAUAAUUCUAAUCAAGGACAGGCAGUACCAGUGCCAGUGACGGCACCACAGCAGUUGACUGCUCCCACUCCUCCUGCUCCUACUGCUGCACCAACACAAGCAAAUCCUACGGCGGGUGCCAAUUCCACACCCACACCCAAUCCCAAUUCAAAUAUCACUCAGACAGCCACUACUACCAUGGCUCCUCCUCCUCCAACUCCUACUACUACCACCACCUAUGUCACUACACCUCCAACAUCAACCACCGCGCCAUUAUCAUCAUCAUCUACUCAAUCACAACCACAACAACCUCAACCAACACAAGCCAAACCAGCUCAACAACAACAACAACCACAGCAAUCACAACAACAACAACAACAAUCCCAACAACAACAACAUAUACAACAAACAUUCUUUCAAGCGACAGAUUCUCCCGUGCCGCUCUAUUUAUCGUUUCCGGUUGGUACUGCAACACAGGCCAAUUUUUUCAUUACCCAUCUCAAGAAUUCCUUUGAGAGAGAUAAAUCGUUUACGCUGGCAUACGACUCGAUUCUACCACUCCAGCAACAACAGACUCUAACCGCUCAAACAGCCGAACUCAGAAGACGUAUAGAACAAACAUACAUCCAAAACCGUCAAUCCUAUUAUCAACCACAGCAACCACCACAACAACAACAACAGCAGCAACAGCAGCAGCAGCAACAACAGCAACAACUAACACCCCAACAAACACAAGCGAUCCUACAACAACAACAGCAACAAGCACAAUUACAACAAUUGCAAAUACAACAAUUACAAUUACAACAACAGCAAGCUCAACAACAACAACAACAACAACAACAAGCUCAGCAGCAACAGCAAGCUCAACAACAACAACAACAACAAGGACAAGGACAACAAUUAAAUAUAGCUCAACAAACUCAAAUGAUUCAACCAUCUGCACAACAAAUUGUGCAACCAUUUAAUAUUGCCAAUUUGACACCUCAACAAUUACAACAAUUGCAACAAAUUCAACAACAACAUAAUAUGCAACAAAGACUUUUACAACAACAACAACAAUUAGGGCAACAACAACAAGGGCAAGGACAAGGACAAUUAAAUUUAGCUCAACAACAGUUCCAACAAUUACAACAACAACAACAAAUGCAGCAGCAAUUACAACAGCAACAACAAAUGCAACAACAAUUACAAUUACAACAACAACAACAAAUGCAACAACAAUUACAACAACAUCAACAAUUACAACAACAACAACAACAACCAAGAUAA